GUGAGCGACGAUCUCCCUAUGGAUAUCUUGUUAGGUAUGUACUACCUCUCUGUGGCACAGCCUCAGUUUGACUGGGACCGAAAAGUGGUCAAGCACACUUUGCCGGGUGGAGGGACCGCCAGAUUACACAAGUUCAAAGCUAGUAGUCUGAUCGAUUCCCAUGGAUGCAUGUGUGCGGCCGCGUUCUAUAACUACUAUAAGCAACAUCAGGAGGAGGGUAUGUACUUAGUUUAUAUCUCUGCUGCAGGCGAGCCGGUGAAAAUGCCGCCGGAGAUAGAGGGAGAAGUUGCCAAGUACCCUGAUCUAUUUGAAGAGCCAACAGGGGUUGUUGAUAGGGAGGUCGUCCACGCGAUAGAGAUUAUCCCUGGGUCUAGUAUUCCGAAGGGUAGGAUCUAUCGGAUGUCUCCAGGCGAGCUUGAUGAGCUUCGCCGCCAACUCAAGGAACUCAUAGAGAAGGGUUGGAUCCGACCGAGUGUCUCUCCUUACGAAUCUCCAGUACUAUUCGUACCAAAGAAGAAGGAGGGCACUCUCAAGAUGUGCAUUGACUAUAGGGGCCUCAAUGCCAUCACUGUGAAGAACAGAGAGCCCCUACCGCGCAUCGACGAUCUGUUAGAUAGAGUGCAAGGGUGUAGGUACUUCAGUAAGAUAGAUCUGAAGUCCGGGUACCAUCAAAUUGCAAUCCGGCCCAAGGAUCAACACAAAACCGCAUUUCAGACCAGGUACGGUCUGUAUGAGUUUGUGGUGAUGCCUUUUGGCCUUUGCAAUACUCCUGGCACCUUUCAGCACGCUAUGAAUCGGAUAUUCCAUGACUACCUGGAUAAGUUUGUCGUCGUGUACCUCGAUGACAUACUUAUUUUUAGUAAGACUGUCGAGGAGCACGUUGCACACUUAGACAAAGUUCUCAGUCUCCUGCGACAGCACAAGUUCAAGAUCAACGGUGAAAAGUGCGAGUUUGGCCGCACCUGUAUCUUGUACUUGGGUCAUGAGAUCUCCGCGGAUGGGUUGAAGCCCGAUGAUGCGAAGGUGGCCAGCAUUCGUGAUUGGCCACGACCUCAGUCGGUGACUGAGAUGAGAUCUUUCUUAGGAAUGACCGGUUACUAUAGGACUUUCGUUAAGAACUAUAGCAUAGUGACCGCUCCUUUGACUGAUCUGACUCACCUUGACACCCCGUGGGAGUGGACAGAUAAGUGCGAGGCUGCUUUCAGACAUCUGAAGCAUGCACUAACGCAUUAUGAAGUCUUGAAACUUCCCGAUUCUGAUAAGCCGUUUAUAGUAACCACGGAUGCUAGCCAAUAUGGCAUUGGCGUCGUGCUUGCGCAGCAGGAGGGGGCAAAGUUGAGGCCUUUUGAGUACAUGUCCAAGAAAAUGCCGUCUCAGAAGUUGGCUAAGUCCGCCUAUGAGAAAGAACUCUAUGCGGUGUUCAAGGCGCUGACCCAUUGGAGACACUAUCUCCUUGGGAGGUUCUUCAUCCUCAGGACUGAUCAUCAGACCUUGAGAUGGAUGAGAACUCAGCCUGUACUCUCUGACGCAUUGAAGUGUUGGAUAGAAGUCAUUGAGCAGUAUGACUUUGACCCUCAGUACAUUAAGGGUGAGUACAACAAGGUUGCUGAUGCCUUGUYGCGUAGACCUGACUUCUCAGAUGCGCUGAUUACUGAGUACGAUCUUACGGAUGAUGUCACUCGAUCCUUGGUGGAAGCCUAUCGAGAGGACCAGUUUAUGUCUGAGAUCAUAYGCAGACUCGAGGCGAAGGAUAAACAAACUUCAGUCGAGUUUGAGUUAGUCAAUAGCUUGCUGUUUCUCGAGAAGGAAGGGAAUAAACGUUUGUGUGUCCCUGAUAAAGAGUCUUUGCGUAGUUUGUUUUUAAGCGAGUGUCAUGACGCCACCGACCAUUUUGGGUACAAGAAGACCGCAUCCAAUUUGUUGCAAAGGUUCUGGUGGCCCACGAUGUUAAAAGAUGCUAAGCUGUACGUGGAAACUUGUCAAGUUUGCCAACGAGACAAGCCCCGUACUCAGGCUCCUCUUGGGCUGCUCAAGCCCCUUCCGAUUCCGGAAAGGCCGKGUGAAAGCUUGUCCAUGGACUUCAUGGAUACCCUGGUCACCAGCAAGAGUGGGAUGAGGCAGAUCUUCGUCAUCGUGGAUAGGUUUAGUAAGUAUGCUAGGUUAAUAGCCAUGCCAGAAACAGCGAAGACCAAGUAUGUAAUCAGGCUGCUCAAAGAGAACUGGGUGAGGGAUUUUGGAUUGCCUAAGUCUAUUGUAAGUGACAGGGAUGUCAGAUUUACAACAAACGACAAGGCUGAACAAAUGAACCGCGCUGUUCAACACCUGUUGAGGCAUUACAUUAAGCCCAAUCAGGUGGACUGGGACGAGAAGCUUGCUCUUGUCGCCAGUCUGUACACAGCGCUACCGGGAGUCUGGGUCAAGUCUUCAGAACUGGGACAGGAGUUCGGGAUAUCCCGCAAACUCAUGCCUCAGUACUUUGGACCUUGGGAAGUUUUAGACGUAGUGGGGACAGAUCCUGAUGGUCCAUCUUAUGUCAUCCGUAUCCCUGGUCAUCUCAGAACUUACCCAGUCUUUCACGCCUCUAAGCUCGCUGCGUUCAAGGAAACUGAUCAGUUUCCCUCUCGUCGGUCAAUGCUGCCCCCAACCAUGGACGGAGAACUCGACAUCGAUGAUAUCGUCGACCACAGGGAGGUGCCCGUUCAGAAGCCUCCAGGAAGGGGACGUCCUCCAAAGCCAAAGCUGCAGUUUCGUGUCCACUUCAGACAUCACACGGAUCCGAAGGAGGACCGCUGGUUUACUCGGGAGGAAUUGAUGCAGACCGCUCCUCAAAUCGUUGCCCGCUAUGAGAAGGAUGUAUUGAAAGGAAAGCGCCAGAUGGCUCAGGAUUGAUCUUCUCAGAGGACUAACGAAGAUAUGGAGGAGGGAAUGCGAGGCUACGCCCGCUCAGCCCUUUUUGG